AUGGCAAUUCUAGAGACAGUUACCGAGAGAAACAACGUUUAUUCAGGCGAUAAGGAUGAGAUCAUCGAGUAUCGGUUAACUCCGUGUCAUAUCCGGGGCUCUAUGCAACCUAACCAAUCCAAGCGAGUCACCUUGCUAUAUGACAGCCGACUCCCUGAAGGUUCUGACAACGUUGACUGGUUAUUGACGGGCUGCGUGCAAUGGAGCGAAGAAUUAGUGCUCACCAGUCAGACCGCUUUGCCUAGCAUAGCCGCCUGCGUAGCUGAUGGAAUCCGUAUUUAUUAUGCGCACAUUAUUGAUGUGGUGCUUAUCAGACGCCAGAUUGACGGAAGGCUGCCGCGCGGGGCCGAAAGAGCCUCGGAGGUGAUCCGCUCUCCAUAA